CAUUAUAACACGCCGAACUACGGGACUUGGGUCAUGUGAUUAGUCACAUGGCAAACUAAACAUGGCUGCGCCCGGCCGGUCAGACUACUCCACUCUCCAGUUACUAGCAUUGUUGCUUCCGCUGCUGGGACCGGCAAAGGUUUUAGCUGGAUGCGGGUGUGGCGAUACCAGCCGAGACGGUCACGGUCACGGCGAGGGGUUGGACAGUCCGCACAGAGGCGCUGCCUUCAAAUACUCACGGGAGGCCAAUGAGCCGGAGCCCGCACAGAAACAGACCCAGGGACGGGAGCAGAUGGUUCUGAUUCCCUCAGGGGUGUUUACUAUGGGUACUGAUGAGCCCGGUAUACCUCAGGAUGGGGAAAGUCCUGCUCGCAAGGUGCGCCUGGAUUCUUUCUACAUGGAUACCUAUGAAGUUAGCAACCUGGAGUUUGAAAAGUUUGUAAAAGCAACAGGCCAUGUAACAGAGGCAGAAAAAUUUGGUGAUUCUUUUGUAUUUGAAGGCUUGAUUAGUGAAGAUGUGAAAAGCACCAUCGAUCAGGCUGUUGCUGCUGCGCCCUGGUGGCUUCCUGUGAAAGGAGCUGACUGGAGACACCCUGAAGGGCCAGACUCUAACAUCUUAAACAGGAUGGAUCAUCCUGUUCUUCAUGUGUCCUGGAACGAUGCUUCUGCCUUCUGCACCUGGGCGGGUAAGCGCCUUCCGACAGAAGCUGAGUGGGAAUAUGCCUCCCGUGGGGGACUUGAGAACAGGCUUUUUCCGUGGGGGAACAAGCUGGAACCAAAGGGAGAACAUUAUGCGAAUGUCUGGCAGGGGGAAUUUCCAACCCAAAACACUGGAGAGGACGGCUAUGUGCAGACUUCACCUGUAACCGCUUUCCCAGCCAAUGGUUAUAGCCUAUAUAACAUGGUGGGAAAUGCUUGGGAGUGGACAUCCGAUUGGUGGGACACUCAUCAUACAGCAGAUGAGACUUACAACCCGAAAGGUCCUUCUACGGGAAAAGACAAGGUGAAAAAAGGAGGCUCAUACAUGUGCCAUGAGUCCUACUGCUACAGGUAUCGCUGUGCUGCUCGAAGUCAGAAUACACCUGACAGCUCGGCCUCUAACCUGGGAUUCCGCUGCGUGGCGUCGGCUCCGUGACCACUGCAAAAUGACCUGAGCAGGAAGGAACUCCCAAGACCUUGUGAAAACAAAAAUUUCAAUGACAUUCCUUGUCCUUCAUAAUAAGAAUGAACACAAAAUCCUAUUUUAUUAAUAAAAUUAUUUUUGUGAUUGA